GACGGCCACAGUAUCCCGCCACAAUCGUAACGCGAAGACGUGGGGAAGAAGUUUCUGUUUUGUUUGAUUCGUAGAACCAAACGGAACAGCACUCUUCUUCCUGCUGCUGUGUCGGAGACGGAGGAUUUCGAUGCCAUGUUUCCUCAUUCAUUCUGGAAGAUAUGGCACAGCCUGCAAAUGUUUUCGUGUGGACGACGUGAUAUAAGUUGGUUUUCUUCAUUAUGUUGAUAUGGACGAAGAGGCGGGCAUAUCUGAGAAUGAAAGCGAUGAUCAGGUUCAACGGAAGAGCUACUAUAAGAAUGUUCUUCUAUUAGCUUACCAAAGUUGUGGUGUUGUUUAUGGCGAUUUGAGCAUUUCUCCCCUUUAUGUCUUCAGUAGCGCGUUCUCUGGGAGACUGCAUCUGUAUGAAAGUGGGAAAGUAAUAUUUGGUGUUCUUUCCUUGAUAUUUUGGACUCUGACAGUAACCGCACUUCUUAAAUAUGUAUUCAUUGUAUUGUCUGCGGGCGACAAUGGUGAAGGAGGAACUUUUGCUUUGUAUUCACUACUCUGCAGACAUGCAAGUCUAAAUUUAUUGCCUGAUGAGCAAGAUGCUGAUGAAGAACUUUCAACAUACUAUGGAGAUGGGCAUUCAAGCGAGACAGUAGGCGGUUCACCCUUGAAAAGGUUUCUUGAUAAGCAUAAGAGAUGGAGGACUGGCCUGCUACUGGCGGUCCUGUUUGGUGCUUGUAUGGUUAUUGGUGAUGGGGUUCUCACUCCUGCAAUAUCUGUUCUAUCUUCAAUCUCGGGGCUGCAUGUUCGUGCCAAAGAUUUACCUGAUGGUACGGUGCUGGUUAUUGCAUGUCUUGUGCUGGUUGGACUAUUCACCUUGCAGCACUGUGGCACUCACAGGGUUGCUUUUAUGUUUGCACCCAUUAUAAUUGUUUGGCUAUUAUCAAUUGCUGCUAUUGGCUUGUAUAACAUAAUUCGUUGGAACCCCAGAAUAUGGCAUGCUCUGUCGCCAGUUUACAUGUUUGAUUUCUUUAGAGAGACCGGAAAAGACGGUUGGAUAUCUCUUGGCGGAGUGCUUCUUUGUGUAACUGGUGCUGAAGCUAUGUUUGCAGAUGUUGGUCACUUUACAAGUUCCUCAAUCAGGCUUGCUUUUAGUUGUGUCAUAUACCCUUGCCUAGUGUUGCAAUACAUGGGACAAGCUGCCUUUCUUUCCAAACAUUUCUCUGACAUCCCCAAAAGCUUUUAUGAUUCUAUUCCAGAGCCUAUAUUUUGGCCUAUUUUCACUGUGGCCACCUUAGCUGCUAUAGUCGCCAGUCAGGCUGUCAUAUCUGCUACAUUUUCCAUAAUUAUGCAAUGCCAUGCAUUGGGUUAUUUUCCGCGUGUCAAAAUCAUCCACACAUCCAGUUGGAUCUACGGUCAGGUAUACAUUCCAGAGAUCAAUUGGAUUCUCAUGAUGCUCUGUCUUGCCACUACAAUCGGCUUUCACGACACUACCCUUAUUGGUAAUGCGUAUGGUAUUGCGUGUAUCACAGUGAUGUUUGUGACAACUUGUCUUAUGGCUUUAGUUAUUGUGUUCGUAUGGAGAAAGUCAUUCAUAUUUGCAGUCAUCUUCCUACUAUUCUUUGGAUUGAUUGAGGCUCUGUAUCUGUCAUCCUCCAUCACCAAAGUGGCUCAAGGAGGGUGGGCGCCACUUGUCCUGUCUGUGAUUUUUGUGGGAAUAAUGUAUGUGUGGCACUAUGGCAUGCAGCAUAAGUAUCUCUUUGAAUUGCAGAACAAGGUAUCAAUGAAAUGGAUCUUAACACUUGGCCCCAACCUUGGCAUAGUCCGUGUUCCAGGUAUGGGCCUAAUAUACACUGAGCUUGCCAGUGGAGUUCCACCCAUCUUCUCCCACUUUGUCACCAAUCUUCCAGCCUUCCACCAAAUUCUAGUCUUCAUCUGUGUGAAAUAUGUUUCUGUGCCAUAUGUAUCUCCCGAAGAGCGCUACCUUAUCGGUCGAAUCGGCCCAAAGGCUUAUAGGAUGUACCGGUGCAUUGUGAGAUAUGGGUACAAGGAUGUUCAUAGGGACGAAGAGAACAAUUUUGAGAAUCAGCUUGUGAUGAGUAUAGCAGAAUUCAUCCGAAUGGAGGUUGAGGAGACACAGACUGGUAGUUCCUCUGAAGGCCCCUGGGCUGUUCAUCCUUCUGGCAGAACUUGCACAACGAUGGUUAUGUCUGAAACAGAGGAUGGCGAUCUGACAAACACUGAAUGCAGCAGUAAAUCUGUGACAACCAGUGGUUUUCAUCAGCAACUGGGUAUCGGAUGGCGGGUGCGGUUCGAGCUGUCCGAGGCUGCCAUGACCAUCAAUCCUGAGGUGAAAGAGGAGCUGAGGGAGCUGGUUGAAGCUAAGGAAGCUGGUCUCACGUACAUAAUGGGCCAUGCAUACAUCAAAGCCAUGAAGUCAUCAUCAUUCAUCAAGAAGUUGGCCAUCGACAUUGUAUUCUCAUUCCUGAGAAAGAACUGCCGGAGGCCCGCCGUGGCACUGAACAUCCCUCACAUGAGCCUUAUAGAGGUUGGCAUGAUCUAUUAUGUCUAGUAUUCUGACGCACAGGAUUCUUGCUACUGCUUGUCUCCGUCUGUGGCAGAAGUUAUUCUGCAGACUCUGAAUGCAUUUCUGAGUGGAGGUGGAGAUUGAGUGGAGAACUGGUGUUGCUUUUGAGAGAGAUCUUCAUGUCUGUGAGAGCUCUAUUUCUUGCAAAGAGCUUGUGAUUGGCAAACAAUGUAUAAGGAAUCUUUUCCGCUCCGCGUUGCCAAUAAGGAAAAUGUCGAUCAUCAUCAGAGAUGUUUCUUCUGCUUUUUGCUCGGAAUUGUCCUGCUUGAUUCAUAUAGGCCUCUUGUGCAUGCAGUCACCAUAAUUACUGUAUUACUGAAUUGCUCAAUGCUGGAAGGACUGUUAGAUUCGUCUUU